AUGCGAGAUAGACAUACCCGUGAAGAAGCGGAUGCCAAAUGGCGUAUAAAAAAGGGCCUAACACCCGAGCCUUAUCUUUAUGAAAUCCCAGAACCGGCCGAACGCUUUAAGUAUAUUGUAGUUGAGAAUGAUUCAUCACAGAAGGUAGAGAAUAAAAUGGAGUUUCUAGAGGUAGUGAGGCGAUUAGGUAAAAAGAUCGAUGUUAGCUAUUAUUUGAAAACUGUUGUCGGCCUCUAUACACGAUUUAUUAACUAUGAUGAAAGAUAUCAGCCAUCAUCUGAAAUUGUGCUAGAAGCUUUAAAAAAGUUAAAAGAUAGUAAUAAAACAGGUGACAGUAAAGUGGAUAAUAGUGGG